UUCCGAAAGAUUCGCGAUUAUUUGGUCGGCAUCUUGAUACACUUUCAUGCACUUUCGCCUCUUCAUCCUUUUCACUUUGACACUUCUACUAUAUACCUUAUCAUCUCUACUACCAAACAUGGGUCGCAGGACAACCAGGCAAGAGCCAGAAUCGCCUCCAGGAGGUUACAGGACAGUAGCGCCCGAUGACCCUGACGCAUACCCAUUGCUGGUUGCUUUUGAUCUAGACUAUACCCUGUGGGAUCUUUGGAUAGACACACAUGUGGUCCCUCCACUCAAACGCAAAGGGGAUGUGAUCAAUCAGCUUGUUGAUAGGCGCGGGCAAGACCUUUCCUUCUAUCGUGAAGUCCCUUCCAUCCUGGCCGACCUCAAGCACCGACGUAUACAUGUUGCUGCUGCUUCGCGGACAAGUGCUCCUGAGCUAGCGAGGGAAGCUUUGAGCCUGCUCCUUGUGCCAGCCCCUGAGGGAGACUCUCAUGUCAAGGCUCUUUCGUACUUCAACACUCUCGAGAUCUACCCAGGAUCAAAGCUACGGCACUUCAGAGAACUUCACCGCAAAACCGGCAUCCCCUACGACCAAAUGCUGUUCUUUGAUGACGAGCAUCGCAACUUUGAGGUGGAGUCUCUGGGGGUGACGAUGCAGCUUGUACCCUCUAGCGGAACGGACAAGAAGCUAUUCAAGCAGGGACUGGCGCAAUGGCGGAAGAGGAGGGGUAUACGGGUGGACGAGUAAGCGUGCUGCAGAUAGACAGGCUUUGCUGCCUUGAUAGACCUUCGCUUCGUGCAGCUGGAACUUCCCGAAUUUGCACAGGGCGGUCAUUGACCUGCAGUAGAUGGUCGAGCUUAGUCGAGGCCGACUGAGGCGACAUGAAGCAUAUCUGCUCUCUAUGGAUCUGAUAUAUGUUCCAGUUGAGUCGGCUGCCGCGCCGAGAACUGCGAUUGUUGUCAAGCAUCACAUGGUGCACUGUGGACAAUGGCAAAAGACAACAACAAAAGCAUGCGGUGCCUGUGGCUGGCGGUCUGACAACUUUCCAUUUGAGCGUUGAACGAUGAGCAAGUCAGCAGGAUCAGCAGACGAAGACGAACAGGCGAUUCGGGAGGUCCAAUAUGUCGCUGGGAUGCAUAAGUGAUACAU